CGAGAUGUCGUACCCUUUCCAGUCAUCAUACAACGUCGAAUACUCGAACCCGGGCUCACCAUGGACCCUCGACCAGCCACCUCAAGCGCAGCAUACACCAACCUUCCAACCAGAUACACCCUCGAACCUGUCCCAUUCAUCGGUCACUGCGUCACCUGUCUACAACAUGCAGCAUUUGUCGCCAGUCGAGUCGCCGCUUCCUAUAGUGCAAGAGUACGCACAGGACCCUCCACGGGCACAGUCCUACGAGUCUCCACGAACGAUACAGCUUGAGGAACGCGGCAAAGCCUUGUCCUCUGGGUCUAUGCAGGUCCGCUUUGAGUCCAUCGACGACUCGUAUUUCCUGCGACAGCAGGAAAGCGCAGGUUCGGGGCGGCGUGCUUCCGAUCAAGCGCCUGUCAGUGCCAGCGUAGACGAGAUGAGUUCAAGCACGCGUCCCAGCUCUAGCGGAGCGGGACCGAGCAGGGUUCCCCACGGUCGCCCGCACUCGCAGGCGCAUCCGUAUCGCCGACCCUCCGAGGCGGCCAGUCCUCCAGGGACUUCUACGGGGAAAAGAGUGAAAUUGGGGAAGGCUGUCGUAGAUGGCACGUCUGAUGGUGACGCCUCUACGCCUGUUGUGCGUCCGGAGAGGCCACCAGACAAUGUCUUUCCUCUGGCUAAGCGUAAUGCACGGCCGAGCAGGGGUGUGCCGGCUCUGUCUUUGCCUCAUAGUAAGGCAGCCGUGCCGUGUCCGGGUAUGAGCGUGUGGAGAGUAUCGACUUACAGUGAGCAGCGCGACCAAGAAGCCGCAGGCGGGGGAUCGGGCGCUGCAACUCCCAGGUACGCCCGCUAGUCAUUCCUUCACGCUGCCUCGGGUGAGUCUUCAUGUUUCAUAUCUCCGUUCUUUUUCGUCCCUCCUAGCCCCGGUGAGACCUCGCCCGCGGCUGCGCAGUCCGACAUCAAGACGACAACGCAGGCCCCUCAACUGUCUGCUCCGCAGGCGUCGGCACGCAGGCUACUGAUCAGUACCGACAUGUACGUCGAUCGGGACAAUAACGAGGUUGUCGCAAUCCUGGAGCUACCUGGCUUGAACAAGAACGCUGUGCGCAUCAAAUUGCUUACUUGUCCAUACACUGGAAAUCGCCAGCUGGCCGUGCAAGCUCAAAGCCGCUCGCGGAUCCCCGACGGUUCGCUUGCCAUGCGCGAGCGCAGGACGGGAGAGUGUUACCGGUUGAUCUACGUGCCGCUGUCGACCAAGGUGAGUACCCGCGUUGCGAGCCUCUGCUGGCGCAGCAUGACCCCUGCCGCAGCCUGAAGAUGUGACUGCCAAAAUCGAAGACGGCCUGCUCACUAUCAAGUUCCCUGGUGGAACACCUGUCCGAGAAGACCCGCAAGAGAUCGCCAUCGAAUAGACCAAGCACCCAAGCACCCUUUCCAGCUUCAAGACACCUUCACCACGCUCGGACUCGCCUCAUGUGUGCUCUCGUAUAUAUCUGCACUGUGCUACCACUUUCUGUUUCACAAUAUUGUCUCGAUACUUUUCUUGUCCUGGAACGUAAAGUACCCCUGUAUCUUAGCCUUGUCUAAACUCGACUAUCGUCCUGUUCGUCAUCUAAUGGACGCGCUCACGUUAUCGUUCGCGCUCGCACCCACCCUCCUCAGAAUCUCAUCGCUUUCCCCACCUCUUAUAUUUACAUCUGGAAGCAUCGCUGCGCUUGUGACUCGUCCCAGCCCCCAACUCAGUUUGUAGCCUAGAUGAAUGUGUCUGCACUCCAAUCCUGCUCAAUAUAUCUGCUAGAUCUACAA